AUGCCGACCGAUCUUUUGAAGGCCAUCGCCAAGAAGAUGACCGAGCCCGCCGACUACAUCCGCUUCCGCAGCGUGUGCCACUCGUGGCGAUCCUCCACCAGCCGGUUCGCUCUCCCCUUACACAUCCCUUUACUGAUGCUGCCAUAUGAUCCAACCACCGAUGUCCGCCCUGUGCACUGCCUCUCCAGUAAUCAGGUACGCAUUCUCUUCUUGCCUGGGAUGGUUAACAAGAUAGUCCUCGCAUCCGGCCGCGGUUGGCUAGUCUUGCUCGACAUCACCAUCCCCAACGGAAGCCUGUCGUUGUUUAAUCCCCUGACCGGGGAUGAAAUCCAGCUCCCUCCUACAGCAGAUUUCUUCCACCAACCUGGGUAUCAAUUCUCUCGAUACAAUAAAAAGUUCGUGAGCGUAGGCCAUGGAAAGCAUGGCACCAAAGGCCUGAAUGAGUACGCGGAUAUCUACCCGUGGCGUGCCUUCUUGUCCUCGCGCCUGAUUCCGAUUAAUGGACAUGGCAUGGUCAUGAUGAGCAACUGCUACUCUAACAAAAACGAUGUUGCCUUCUGCAAAGUGGGUGAUUUUUCCUGGACCGUUUUGAGAACAAACUUAACUCAGACGAUCGUUUCCAUGGCAUGCCAUAAGGACAGGUUCUUCAUGAUGGACGCAGGAGGCAACAUCUCAGUUUGCAACAUCGCUGGUCCUUUGGAGUCGAGACUGAUUCAUUCACUGCGAGUCGAGCCUCGUGGUACUUUGUCUUUCGUGACGGCAUCAAAAAGGUUGUUCGUGUUGGUCUCUUAUCAUGAAGGGGCUGAUAACAGUAGAAACAGGAAGGGGUGCUUCAGAAUGUUCAAGUUGAGGUUGAACACGCCACUAGGGCCGUCCAGGGUGGAAAGUGCUCGCGGGCAUGCACUGUUCAGAUGUGAAGCUAUAAACCAGAGCUUGGCAGUUCGCACAAAAAAGGACAUUCCAGGAUAUAGACCGGAAUGCGUUUAUUUUGGUGCUCCUUUCGACUUCCCUGAGGAACGACUGGACGGUGCUGCUCAUGAGAUAGAUGUACUGAACUUGAGGACCGGAAAUUGGGAAUAUUUGUCGAGCGGAUGGAUGCGGCCGCUCUCAGGAAGACUGCUACCUUCUAUUUGGGUUCAGCUCAGUCUAUGCUAA